CCGAGCCGAGACCCGGAGCUUCCAGGGCCCGCCUUCUUCCCCGCAGACUGGCCGUGUUUCUACCCGGAGCGCUUUGAGAGCUGCACGGCGGGAAUCUCAGUUUCGAGGGCUGGGAAGGCGAAGAAGCGCGUCGGGCGCCGGACAUGCCGUGAGUCGCGGGCGGGGUGAGGGGUAGUUGGAUAGACGGGCAGGACCUGGUGGGCCCACGGGGCAUUUCAUCUCCCCCUACACCCCCCUUCCCUUCCUUAUGUGCAUUUCAUUUCAACUGGAGAGAGCCAGAGUAUAGCCCUAUGUAGGUUUUUUGUAUACCUGUUUAGGGAAGUUUUAAAUGUUUGAUGUUUUGUCGCUUUAUUAUUAUUAUUAUUAUUCUGUUGGGAGCUUCCCAGAGUGGACAUAGCUGUCAACGUUUCCCUUUUUUAAAAGGGGAAUUCCCUUAUUCCGAAUAGGAUUCCUCGCAAGAAAAGGGAAAAGUUGACAGCUAUGACCGGGGUAUAAAUAAUAUGUUAUUAUUUUAUUAUUCAAGGCUGAGGGCUUCCUUGCACGGGUCUUCGGCUACUACUCCAACAAGUUCUCGACGCGAUGGGAGUACAUUAGUAGUGCUUCGGUUUCUUUUGUGGCGCUUCUCCAAUUAGGCUACCGUAAUAUAUAUAUAUAUAUCCCUUUUGAUGUCUCUGAGCACAUCAAAAGCAGGACAGAAAUAUAAGCAGGACCUGUUGUGGUGUGAAAAGCUGUGCGAUUUCAGCUGCUGGUUGCUUACGGCGGGAUACGCACAGGUUGGGAAUGAAGCGGUGUGACUGCUGCCCCCACAAACUGCCAUCUCAUUGGGAAUGCUCAAUAAAAAGGACCCAUGGAAGGGAACCUUAGGAAGAAACAGGGAUGGCAGAUGUGUGUCUGAGCCAGAGCCAGCCCCGUCAUUAGGCAGGGUGAAGCCACUGCCUCAGGUGGCAGAACACCACCACCGGUGCCCUGUCGCCACCAUUGGUGCCGAUUGGGGGCAAGAUCACGUCCAUCUUGCCCCAAAUUGGCGAGAUCUUGACCCGAGUCGGCACUGAUGGUGGUGCCACUUCUCUAUCAGUGACAGAUGUGACAAAGCUCGCAGCAGAACGGGUGGCGAUGGCAGGAGCAGGUAGGUGGUGUGGGAGUGACAGCAGUAGCAGGGCAAGGCAUCACUUCCCAUUUCUCCUCAAGUGGUGAAACAGGAUGCAGCGCCCCUGCUCUGAGCAUAUGUAGAGUGUUUUCUGCUUACCAAUACAAAACUUAGACCCUAUAGUGUGUGGGAUUGCUUGCUACAGAAUAGGUGAAAAGAGAUGUUUUCCAGGCAUUUUAAGUAUGUUUGCUCAGUUGAAAAUCCCACUAAGGACACAGUCCUGAUCUCACUUUCCUGGGAGUUAGCCCCAUUGAAUACAGUCUAACUUAUGUCAGACUAGAUGUGGUUAGGGUUGUGCUUUGGGUUUAAUGAGACUUAUCCUUAAGUGGGUUUAGGUCUGCAGCAUUGCCCAAGACAUUAAACACAAGUGUUUGAAGAUACAGAAUUAAAAGAGUAUGUAAUAAAAAUCCUUCUGUUCCAUUCAUUUUCCAAGUAUUUUGUUGCAUAUUAGUGUUCAUUGAAGCACUACAUAAAUGUGUUUCUCUCAUACAUUAGUUUGUUUGUUUGUUUGUUUGUUUAUUAUUGAUACAUACACCAGGCGUUCCAUAUAGAGCUAGAAAGAAAGGUCCCUGUUCUGACAAGCUUAUAGCCAGACAGAACAAUUCAGGGAGCCUUUGGCACAAUGGGUCAGUGCAUCUGGCUGUUAACCAGAAGGUUGGUGGUUCAGGCCCACCCAGGGACAGCUGUGGGCAGGAUUCCUGCAUUGCAGGGGGUUGGACUAGAUGACCCUGAGCGUCCCUUCCAACUCUACAAUUCUAUGUUUCUAACUGGGCAGAUACACUUGUGUAUAUCUUGUGUGAGGUAGGCUAGGCUACAUGCUAACUGUUCCUGAUUAUGGGGGCUGGGGUGGCAAUGUAUACAUAAUCUGCCCUUCCAUUGUCUCCGAUGAAUCCGAAUAAGGCAGCUGCGUAUGUUCCUCUGAAGCAGACCACCUUAAGAUGAUAGGAAGUGGUGGAGUAGUGCAUAUGGAGGGGUCAAUAGAUGUUUAAGGCACGCUAUCUUUGAGUACAGUCAUGGAGAUGACUGCUGAUAGAAGAGUUGGUCAUAACCUCUUCAGGGUAUAGCGUAGGCUUCUCAGAACACUGCUGACUAUCUCCAAAGUGGGGUGGGGUUUGCUGGUUUCCUUUGUCAUUAAAAAUAGUGUUGGAGAGAAGAAUAAUGGGCCUGGCUUCUCCUCAAGUCCUACAAUAGUUCAAUCCCAAAUCUAAAGUAGCAUAUCAUGGUUACGGAAGUUCUGAUAAGAAGUAUAUGGAAGACAACUAGUGUUGCUGUGAGUAAUGAAUAAGCUAUCGCAGAGGACACUCCUAAUCAAUUCCCUGAUGCUGAUGGCUGGAAGAAGUUAGGAUUGUGGCCUGGUGUCUCACUCCUGGCCUCUACCAGCAGAGAGGAGUGCUGCCAGUGCAGAUGAUCUCUGCCAUGGUGGAGACCCCAGUUGCACCCAGGCAGGUGGAUAGUGUUAAGCCUCAAAAUGAGGCAUUACAAGGGCAAGCACCAAAUCCAAAGCCCCAUGGAACUGGGUCCCUCAGCUACUUGAGCCUGCAACUAGCAUAUCAAGAAAGGGGAAAAAUGCCCUCCACCUUUGUCCCUGGCGGGUGUGUGCUGAGGUGGCAGGACUUAGGAUCCAGUGGUGGAUAUUGCACCCAACUCUUCUUUGAGCCCACUUAGAAUUGCUCUGCCACUCAUUAGUUACCUCCUUUAAGUACAUUGACAAAUAGUGAGCAUAACCAACUAUAACUUAUGAAUGGAUAGAUGGGAUGGAAGGACGAAGACAUUUCCCCAAAGGGUCCAUCCACCAUACCAUUCCAUGGAACUGGUAAACAGAAGCAUUUAGCUUCCUAAGUUAAACUACAGUGGUACCUCAGGUUACAUACGCUUCAGGUUAUAUACGCUUCAGGUUACAGACUCCGCUAACCCAGAAAUAGUGCUUCAGGUUAAGAACUUUGCUUCAGGAUGAGAACAGAAAUCGUGCUCCGGUGGCGCGGCAGCAGCAGGAGGCCCCAUUAGCUAAAGUGGUGCUUCAGGUUAAGAACAGUUUCAGGUUAAGUACAGACCUCUGGAAUGAAUUAAGUACUUAACCCGAGGUACCACUGUAACUUUGUAUGCAGUCCUAUACAUAUACCGUAUUUUUUGCUCUAUAAGACGCACCAGACCACAAGACGCACCUAGUUUUUGGAGGAGGAAAACAAGAAAAAAAAUAUAUUCUGAAUCUCAGAAGCCAGAACAGCAAGAGGGAUCGCUGUGCAGUGAAAGCAGCAAUCCCUCUUGCUGUUCUGGCUUCUGGGAUAGCUGCGCAGCAUGCAUUCGCACCACAAGACGCACACACAUUUCCCCUUACUUUUUAGGAGGGAAAAAGUGAGUCUUAUAGAGCAAAAAAUACGGUACUGUGUUUACUUGGGAAUACAUCUCAUUGAACUCAAUAGGACUGAUUCAUGCCUAGAUAUGCAUAGGACUGCAUUGUUAGUCUCUAUCGAACCCAGAGUCAAUGAUAACUAGAAUUCACAUUUUCAUGCAUUUACUUUGUUCAACUGUGGCAGUCUAGUUUGAAUGACAGGCUAGUCCAUCUUAAAUAUAAUUUAUUUUCUGAUACUGAUAUCCUAUGAGACAUAAACAGUGAUGUGAAAUAAACAAAUUCUUCUAAUGCAACUUUUUUCAUAGUGGAGCCUUGAAUGAAUUUCCUGCCCUUUAAAUUGGCACUAGUGCUCCCACCUGCCUCUGUUACUGUUAGUGCAUUGGGGAGGCAAGCAUUUAUGUUGGGCACAGUGGUAGUUAUGCCUGUUUGGACUUGUAGGGUGGAAGGCAAGGAGGCCACCAGUAGGUGGAGCCAGAGCUAAUGGCAGGUAAAAGGUAAAGGUAAAGGGACCCCUGACCAUUAGGUCCAGUCGUGACCGACUCUGGGGUUGCGGUGCUCAUAUCGCUUUAUUGGCUGAGAGAGCCAGCGUACAUGUGGCCAGCAUGACUAAGCCGCUUCUGGCGAACCAGAGCAGCACACGGAAACGGCGUCCUACUAAUUCUAGUUUUGUCCCCAUCCUUUUUGCUGAGUUCCUGCUGCUUUGCCCACCCCCACCCCCCAUUGUUUAGCUGCUGUGCAAAGUCACUGUUUUUCCUGCAGGUUGUCCAACCCAAGCUUGUGGUUCAGCUUUCCCAGACAAACCCUAAGCUAUAAACCACAGGACAAAUUUUGAUUAUCGCUCAUGGUUAAUCUGCAGGGAGCUAAAUCAUGAGCCUACAUGCUAAACCAAACCAUGGUUUAGCUCAGCAUAGCACAGCAGUAAAAUGGCUGUAAUCUCUCCAGGAGCCCGUGCAUUGUGUGAUGUCCAAACCAGGCCUAUAACUACUACCAGCCAAAGUCACUGGAAGAUUUUAAAUAGCAUAGUUCUUGACCAUUCUGCCACUUUUUUUUGUCAAGUCUUUUUUUUCAGGUUGCUAUAAUUUAAUGUGAUUUUCAUGUAGUUUUUCAUUUAUCCUAAUCAUAAAGCUACCUUGAGUCCAGAUUCAGCUGUACUUUGGCUUCCAGCUUCCUCUGAAGUCCGUCAUAAAAACUUCCAUCAUAGCAUGCCUUAGUAUAGCAUGCAAAUACAUGGUCCCCUAGAGCACCUUUGCAGAGUGAAUGUAUUAGCGUAUAAAAUGUUUCUCUGCUGCCACUGGGGUGGAAGAUGUAAUGGAGUCUACAUUCCUUAAGCAAUAUGAGGCACUAUAUUUAAAAAGAAACAUGAUGUUAAGAAUUUUUGUCAAACUGUUUCAGCUUUGACUAUCCCUUGGCAAGAAUGUGGAUGGCUUUUUAAUAUAAAAAAAUGUAAAUCUUGCACAGUAUAGUUAGUCUGCUUUUUAAGACAAAAAUGUUUUUCAGUGAUCUAUUUUCAACAUAAGAUGUUAAACUGGAACUAGCAUACUACAGUCAUGUUUCAAAUAUGCUUUUAAACUUUCUUUCUAUGGUUCACCUUGAAGAAUGACAAGGUUACAAAAAUGCUUUGAGUGAAAUCAUUUCAGACCGUGGCCCUGCUGGAAUGCCAAGCCAUUUAUGCUUGCAGAAUCUGGGCUUUGUUAAACCUUAUGAGCAUUUUUAGCAUUGAGAUCUUGGUUACUAAAUCAAAAUGCCCUAUUCCUAAUAUGGUGCCUGCGCCUUUCUAUUCUGAAAUGAAAUGUUUCUGCAAACCUUGUUUAAUCUAAAAUAAUCUUCUGAAGCUUUUAUUGGAUGAUUUUAAGGGUUUUUAGUUGCUUUAUAUAAAAAGGCCUUUAACUGUUGUUUAAGAUUUAAGAAUGUAGUUUAAAAGUUGGAGUUGUCUCUGGGAAAAAAUAGUCUUAAUUUAUGUUGACCUUUCCUUCCUUUGAGUAUUUAGUCUGCAUUCAAUAAAAUUUUGAUGACUGCUCUUUAGAAGACAGCUGUACGAUGUAAAGUAUUAUAAAUAUUCAGCUUUCCAUUCCUAGUGUUGCCAUUAACAGCUGGGCAUCCAGUUCAGCAGAACAGAUUUUACAGAGAAAGCUUGGCGUGUUCCUGAAUCAGUAUAGUGAAGAACACGAGAAAAUAGUUUCGUAUGGUUUAGGGACCUGUAAAGACAUAGAGCAUCUGUUCCCUAGUUAAGUCAAAGUCUAGUAGCAUUGAAUCAUGUUAAGAGCUAAAAUGAUGAGAAGAACUACUUUUUUCACCUUGAAUGUACUGGUGGUUAAAUGCCUAGUACAUUAUUUCUGUGAACAGCAAAAUAAUUGCAACACCUACAGGUAAGUUGUUAUGCACGUCCGUAUAAUCUCAUUCUUUAUCAGUUUUAUAUAAAAAGCAAUUGUUUUUUAUUGUUAUUUUUUUGGUAGUGUGACAUUGGGAUAGUGGACAGGUUGGGCAGGGGGGCAAUCAGGAUAGGAUCAAAUUUUCAAAGCAGUAUUCAAAAACUAUAUGCCAUGUAUGAGGUUAGUUUUACUAGUGUAAAAAAUGCUGUAUGUGGUCUGAUAACCACUGAUAAGGUUAUCAAUAUAAACUUUGCUUUGGAAAUAUGAUAAAACUUGCUCCCCCCCUUUUCUUUUCUAGUGCUAAGAAAGCUCUGAAGUUGGAAAGCCUUGCCAUGGGAAAAGUAAGUGUGUGUGUUUGUGUGUGUGUGUGUGUGUGUGUGUGGGGCGCACACGACGAUUAAAUUAUUUUCUAGGAUAUACAUAAAUGAUCAGAAUGUUCAGUGAGACUAUCAUAAAUUACUUGGCAAUCUGCAGUAAAGCAUUCCUGAAUAUGGAAAAGAAUUGACUGCCAGACGUCUUUGGGAGAAAAACUAUUCUUAUAUAAUAUUCAGACUUUGCCUACAUGAAGCAAUUGGCUAUAACUGAGGAGACUGCAGUGGUUGUUCUUUAUUAUGUACACGCCUCUCUCAAAUGAGUUAGGGACCUUUGUGAAAUCAUUUAUUAGAAAUUAGUUCCGUAAUUUGUGAAGCAAAUGCAGUGCCAUCUCUCUGUACAUAUAACAAUAUGGGAUUAUGAUAAUGCCGUAAUCUGCAUAUUAUAAACUGCAAAAUUGAAAUGAAAACAUUAAAGACAUUUUUAUGUUGAGAAUAUAAUUACCUCUCUCAGCUAAUCUAACAUAAUGAAACGAUAAAGUACUAACACUGCAAUAAAUUUCCCCUACAGUUAUCACAAUAAAAAUAAAAUUGUACUGUUGCUGUCCCCCACCCCCACCCCAUCUCUCUCUCUGAUAAAAUGUGGCCAUUCCGUUUUUCCAGUGCCAUCAUGUCACGACAUAUGCCAGUUUAUUAUCUUCCAAUACCAACUGUGGGCGUUGCUAUGAACAAUAAUGCAGAGGAGUUCAUUGGGCAGGUAGCCUUUAAGGAGGCAAAAUUGGUGGGGGGAAAUGUAUACCUAAAUGUUUGGUAAAUAAAAUGAGCCUCCUGUUUUGUUUCUACAUACCAACAGUUUCUUUAUAGAUGGUAGUCUUCAGAGGUCUCAGUGGUACUUAGCAAAAUUGGAAACUUGGCAGUGUUAAAAAUCUUCUGUAUACUUUUUGUAUUUAAGCAAAGGUGACAAAAUACAGCAGGGGCACUAACAAAAAUCAUUAGCAAUUUAAUUAGCAAUUUAGUUUUCCAUUACCCACCUUGUUGUGCUCUGAAUACAGCUGUGACUGUAAUUUUGCAUCUGCUUCCUUGGUUGGAGUAGCAUUUUUGGAGGCGAGCAGUCCAGCUUGAAAUGAUUCUGUUCCACCCUAAAGCUAUUUUUCCUUCUGAAAUGGAAAUUAAAAGGGGGAAAAAUGUCUGUGUUGAGAUUAACUAUUUAGGAAGUUUCUAGUGUCAAAAUUUCUUCAUUGAAAGCUUGAGGUUUCAGGUUUUCCAAAAUUCAGUGAUGGAAUUAAUUUCUAAAGCUGUCUAUGAAGCAGAAUUAUUAUUGCUAGUAUAAAUGUUGUAUCCUUAUCCAGAGUUUUAAGAUAAUUGAAAUAGUUAUGUGAAAAGGAAAGGGGAAAGGGAGAAAAUGGUUUAUUAUAUGUUUCAGAAACACGCAUAGGAGUUUACUAUCAGUCAUUCCCAAUUGAAACAAAGGUGGCUAUUCUGCAGCUCUCCAGAUGUUGUUGGACUACAACUCCCAUAAGCCCCAGUCAGCAUAGCCAGGGGUCAGAAGUGAAGGGAGUUGGAAGCCAAUAACAUCUAGAGAGCCAUCCUUCCUGCACUGAGAAAUGUUAAUUCUCACUCUUUACUUUUCCUAACUCUGCGUGUUUACUCAGAAGACAGUCCUACUUGGUUCAGUGAGGUCUCCUUCCAAGCAAAUGAGUGUAGGAUUGCACCUUAAUUAAUCCUUUGGUUUAUUUACUUAUGGCAUCUGUAUGCUGCCACAUAACAAUAAACUUCUUGGGCUGGGUUACAAUAAAUAAGUAAAAUCCCUAACAACAAAUUAAAUACAACAUAAAACCAUAAAGUAAAAAAUACAACAAAAACAAAACUCACUACACACCUCCCCCCACUCCAAAUGAAGACACAGGCUUAAAAUUGAAGGGUCCACACUACAUAAGUACCUGAUGUUGAAAAGAGGCCAAAGAUGGUGUCAGCCAAGCUUCCAUGGGAAGGCUCCCAGGGAUUCCAACUCCAUAGUCCUGUGCAAACAGUACUUCAGUAUACCUGAACUUGUGACUGUACAGCUGUCUGAUCGGUGUAUUUUUGGUGUUUUACCUCAUUGUCUCAUUGCUAAUAGUAUAUUUCUUUUAACUUAAGUUUGCUUUGGAAGAUUUGUUUUAGAAUCGGGUUACAAGUAACACCAAUCUAUCAGUCUGCAAAAUACUUACGGUAAAUAUAUAUUUUUAACUUACUCCAGGUGUAGCACAUUUUCUGCAUCUCGUGCCAUACUGUUGGCAGGGAUUCUUCUGAUGAGUGGGUCAUUUGGGAAGAGCCAUGCUGCACCCCUCUGGUGACUCAUGGGGCUUAGCGUGGCUAGUUCCCAAGUGAUUCUUUCAUUCAGAUUUUGCUGAUGUGACCUAGGAUCCACUGCAUGGGUGAUGUUUACAUUAGGCCUACAUCUAUGGAGUCACCCAAAUAGGCCACAAGCAAUUCAGCAGAAUAUGGCUAUAUUGCAGCCUUAUAAAUGAGACCACAGAAGUCACUAGUUUGCAGAAAAAAAGAAAAAAAGAAAAAAGUUUAUUAGUCUGCUGGGGGUUGGCAGAGGAAGGAAGGCAAGCUCUUCCCUUCUUGCAGUAGCCCUGUACUAGUCAUGAAAGAGGGGAUUUCCUUCCCUGGCAGUCCACUUGGCAUCUGUGCUCAGUGCAGAGGGAGUGAUGAAGCUCUUCAUCCUUUUUUCACCAGCCUGCUCACUUGUCUACAUGCAGUUUCUUCCUGCCUAUUACUUCUAGGCUAGUGGUUUAAAUACGAGGCUGCUGUGUCAUAAAUUGAGGAUUGGUAGGCUAAUCCACUAAUAUUUUCACACCAAACCUAGUAUUUAUACAAAACAUGUAAAGGUCAAGGAGCCUUGGAUGGUUAAGUUCAGUCAAAGGCGACUAUGAAGUGCGGCACUCAUCUUGCUUCAGGCCGAGGGAGCCAGCGUUUGUCCACAGACAACUUUCUGGGUCAUGUGGCCAGCAUUAUUAAACCGCUUCUGGCUCAACAGAACACUGUGAUGGAAGCCAGAACACACAGAAACACUGUUUACCUUUCCUCCGCAGCGGUACCUAUUUACCUACUUGCACUGGCAUGCUUUCGAACUGCUAGGUUGGCAGAAGCUGGGACAGAGCAACAGGAGCUCACCCCGUCACGUGGAUUCAAACCAGCAACCUUCUGAUCAGCAAGCCCAAGAGACUCGGUGGUUUAGACCACAGCGCCACCCGCUCUCAAAAUUUGGAAUCGCCGAGCAUUUACAGUCAUAGUUCCGGAGUAUUAAGGAGCAACAGUGUUUUACUGUAGGGCAAGGAUGGGGAACCUGUGGUCUUCCAGAUGUUCUUGGAUCACAACUUAUUUAAUUAUUGACCAUUGGCCAUUUGCACUUAGGCUGAUGGGAGUUGGAGUUCAGCAACAUCUGGAAGGCCAUAGUUCUCUCAUCCCUGCUAUAAGGCAAGUUUUGUGCUAUUUAUAUAGCUUCACCUUUCAGAGUCACCUUUCUAAAAGACCAUUUCAGUUGGAACAUGAGAGGUAGUUUGCUCAUUUAAUUUGAUUGUUCUUUCCACUAAUGUGAUAGAUGGCCCUGAGUGUUGUAGCUAUUUUCCUUCAUCAUGAAUUGUUAAACAAAAAGUUAACAUCUUGUGUUAGUCCCUUGGAAUAGAUGGGUGGGCUUGAAAAUCAUUUGAUUCUUUUUUGUUUGCAUAAAGGACUAAACGUGAGACUCAUGUUACCAGCACAAGGACUAGAAACAUAGUGUGUUCUAGGAACUUGAGCUUUGAAGUGUUAAAGUGUGUGGGAUACCUAAAAAUACACCGAGAGGCAUGAUUCCCCACAUCUGUUAUAGGAGAAUUCUAUAGCCUGCCUUGACUAGAAAUAUAAAGGCAGAAUUGGAUAUUGUCAAGGUUGAAAAGGAAAACAUGAAUGUGCUUUACACUGCAUAAUAAUCCUGUACAGGUUGUUUUGUUACCAUUAUUUAUUAUUCUUUAGGUGUCUGCAACACCAUUGCCAAGGAGUAAGAAGAAUCUCAAGUCUUAUUCACCAACAACAGGAACGUGCCCAAUCAGUCCUUUUUCAACUCCCAGGAGCAAUAAUGUACAAGAGCAUGGAAAUGGUCUAUCAAAUGGUUAGUUGAACAUUCUCUCCUACUUACUGCAGAAUUUUUCUGGUUAUUGACCAAGUCAAAUUCUUGAUUUAGUAAUUUAUGUCUUGUGCGGUAAUUCUGAUUCCUUCCACCCACCCACCCACGAAUAUGAAUUUGGAUCUUUAUGGUAAAGUCCAACUUUUCUGCAGCCUUCACAAACCUCUUCAACAAUUCUCCUCUGACUAGUUUUGCUUACUUUUGCUCGCUGAGGAGAAUCAAGCAGUGGCAUAGUUAGCCGCUUGGGCGCCUGGGGCAGCAUGUGCGUUCUGCGCAUAGGGGGCAUGGCAAGCUGUUGGCAGGGCAGGGCGUGCUGCCAGAGUCCCAGUUCCUGAGCUGCCGUGUUCCGUUUGGGCGCCCUGUGGGCCUGUGUUGCUUUUUCAAGCAGUGCAGAGCCUGCCCGCUGCCUCCCCCCCAGCUGGAGGUCGGCUGAGGGGCAGGUGGGGGGCAGAGGCUGGCCCCACACUGCUUUUUUGGACGACAUAGUGCCUGCAGGUGCCCGAGCCACUCCCAGUAGAGACACAAUGGCUCAGGCGCGCUGCGGGCUCAGUGCUGCUCGCGGGACCAGCGCAUGCCAGUUGCGUCCUUCUCAGCCGCCCUCUGGCAGCUGGGGGAAAUGCAGCAGUCAACACCCUGUGAGCACAGCCCUGGGCUGCGGUGCUUUGGGGAGCAUCACACUGUGCUCUGGGGCACCUGGACUUGGGCGUCAUCUUGGGCUCUGGCAUGCCGCCCCCAAGGUAAGUGCUGCCCAUAUAAUAAUAAUUAUUAUAAUUUAUUAUUUAUACUCCGCCCAUCUGGCUGGGUUUCCCCAGCCACUCUGGGCGGCUUCCAACAAACAAUUAAAAAUACCUUAAAACAUCAGUCAUUAAAAGCUUCCCUAAGCUGGGCUGCCUUCAGAUGCCUUCUAAACGUCAGAGAGUUGUUUAUUUCUUUGACAUCUGAUGGGAAGGCAUUCCACAGGGCGAGUGCCACUACUGAGAAGGCCCUCUGCCUGGUUCCUUGUAACUUCACUUCUCGCAGUGAGGGAACUGCCAGAAGGCCCUCAGUGCUGGACAUCAGUGUCCGCAUUGAACGAUGGGGUGGAGACGCUCCUUUAGGUAUACUGGACCGGGGCCGUUUAGGGCUUUAAAGGUCAGCACCAACACUUUGAAUUGUGCUUGGAAACGUACUGGCCCAGUCUGACACACCCCCCCCAGCUACACAACUGGAAUCAGGCAUUGAAUUUAAUAGAACCAAAUUUCUCACUGUGUAGAGUGGGCAGAGUUUGUUAAUCCAGCGAGUUUGUGCUGUUACUAGUUCCCUGCCCUUUGAAACUUGCUAUGAUAACAUUUAACAGGUUUGGCAUCUGUAUUGGGGAAAGUAAAGAAGGUCUUACCUGCCCUGUACAAUGGAACUGAGGGUGCUGCCUUGUGUAUAGGGUGACCGUCAGUCCCCCUAGCUCAGUGGUGACUACACUGACUGGCAACAGAUCUCCAAGGUUUCAGGCAGGGAUCCCACCCAGCCCUGAUAAGAAAUGGUGAGGAUUGAACCUGGGACCUUCUGCAUUCAAAUUAUAUGCUCUAACACUGAGCCCUGUAAUGAUGGCUAAUCAUAUUUUAAUAAUGCUGAACCCUGCAUUAAUUUGUCUGUAUGUCUGAUCCUGUGCAAAUCUUCUAACCUUUUACCGUCAGUCUACAUCAUCAUACAUGCACAAUCUUUUUCAGGCUUAUGCAAGUUCUUUACAGUGAACAUUUGCAGAACAUGGUAGCACAAAGGUUUAUAUCUCAACUAAGUCAUCUUUGGUGGGAGCAUCCGUUCCACUAAUGAAGCACUUCUACAAGCAGAAGGGGAAUAGUAUGGUUCCCUCUUCUCCCCUCCACUUCUGUUUGUGGAAAAUCUGCCCUGAAGGAUCCUCCACUUGGGAAUCUUUACUGGAUCCCGCCUCUCGCUGUCAACAGAAGGCAUCCUUCCAUUUGCAGAUGGCUAGUGGCUAUCGAGUGCAAUUUGCCUUAAUAUUGUUCUCCAUGCAUCUUGGUGUUCAACAAGGCAUAAUUUUAAAAAAAUCAAAACGCUUAUCUCAUAAGAAAAUAAGACGAGCCCUAGUGGAUCAGACCAGUGGCCUGUUUUGUCCAGCAUCCUUUUCCCACAGUUACCAACCAGAUGCCAAAAGCAGGACAAUAUCUGAUUUGCAUUGUUGUUUUCCAGCAACUGGUAUUAAGAGGCAUGGGGCCUGGGAUCAUGGAGGCAGUAUAUAGCCAUUGAUAACCUUAUCUUCCAUCUGUUUUGAAACCUUUUUUGACGUUGGUGGGUGUUACUACUUGCGCUAGUUAAUUCCACAGUUUAACUUUAUAUCCCUUUGCUGGGAGAAGUGUCCAUUUAGCCUUACUCUCUGCUUCCUGUCCUUCGGAACCAAACACAUUUUGCCAGUACUUGAAAACCUAACAGUCUUCUAGGUAUACUAAAGUGUUGGUCCUGCCCUCAAAUAAUUUGGGUGUUGUUGUUUUAGCAUGAGAUGAGAAAUGCAUUGUGAUUUAAUUUCACAGAAUAAUACAAGAAAGGAGUUACUGUUGAGGUGAAGAAGAGGAAGCAGAGGACCUGGUUUAGGAAUCCAUAUUACUUGAUCUAGAUACUUUUAGUGAGAUGCUAUCUAUAUUUGAUUGCAUAUCACAGGCCGUUUUGCAAAAUGCAGCCAUUUUACACAAAGCAGCCAGUUGCUUGUAGGAGAAAAAACACAGUAUGACCAUUUGUGAAAGCACAUCUUUGCUCUGCUGAUUCUGCCCUGUUAACUGAAAACUGACUGACAUUUUAAAGCAGUGAAGUGUACAUACAACUUGAAAACUCCAAAUGCUGUUAUCUCCCCACUUCCCAAGCCAAUCUUUUAUUGAUGAUAUUAUAUGAGUUUUGCUUUCGCUGUUCAUAUGUGAUUCUGUGUUUGUGUGUGAGGGAGGGAGGGAAGGAGGGAGGGAAAAAGUGAAACAGGGGAAAAAAUCUGUUGGAUUUUUUUCACAUGCCAUUUCUGACAAAAAAAGGGGGAAAUGCCUGAAGGAGUAAAACGCCUGUGUGCCGGGAUGUCAAAGGCAAAGGUGAGUGUGUGCUAUAUUUCCAUAUUGUAAUUAAAUAUGGGCAUAAGGGAACAGUCCUUUUGCACAUAAAAAGAGAGAUCACGUGUCCGCAGCUGACAUUUAGAUGGAUAAUUAUUCAGUAAAGUAGGAAUAGCUUUCCUUUUCUAGUUUCACCAAGCUACAAAAUGGUGGUAAGGACGUAGAAUUCUGAGUUGUCUCCUAUAUAUUUAAUGUUUUCUUUUUAUCUUGCAACAGUGUUAACACUGCUUUAUUGUUGAUAGAUAUAUAAGUGCAAUUAUACAAGUUGCACUUGUUAUUACACUAAAUGUAUUUUGACCUGAAACACAUACACACGCACAUAUAUCCCCAUAUCCCUAAGGGCUUUUUCAUUUACACUCUUUGUUUUGGUCUGUCCUCUAUCCUUGAGCCUUCGCAAUGAGAUCGAAUACAAAAUCCAGUAAAAUCUCAUUCAUAUAUAUAUAUAUAUAUAUAUAUAUAUAUAGUCUUGUUGAACAUUGAUAUGUACAGAGAACAAUAUUAAGGCAAAUUGCACUGCAUAGCAACUAACCCUCUGCAAAUGGAAGGGCUCAUUCUGUUUGCAGGGAGCGCUGGGAUCGAUUGCAGGCUCCCAUUAGCGUACUGGGCAAGGAUGGCAUUUUCUGCUCCUCACUCUUUUCUCUUGCAGUCCCUUGCACCAUUGUCAUGUUACUAUGUAGGAUCCUUAAGAGUAGUGUUUUCAAUUGCUCUGUGUUUUUUGUGAGUUUGAUCUUAUGGGGCAGCUAUAUAACUUUGGUUAGUAAAGAAAUAAUUUCAAAUGGAAAUUAUAGUGGUUAUUGAGCAUGUUCUUUCAUAUACCUAGCAUCCAAAUUAAUAAUACAUAAUAUCUUGCAUUUGCCAACAAUCUUACAUUUCUAUGGAGUGAAAUGAAUGUUGGGAAUUUUUUAACCUCUUAAAUCUAUUAGUAGUAGUAUUAACUUUACCAUUUCUAUUUUUGUAUUUGUAGCUUUCCUUUCUAACAUAAGAUGUUUAUAAUGGAAAAGCUGUAAUUAAUUAAAUGUCAGGUUACGGUGCAUUUGUAAUGAAAAGGGGGUGGGAAUAGAGAAAAUAGUUCAUGUUUAUCUUUCAUGCAGAAGAUGGUAAAUCUUUAUACUGUUUUGAUUUUUGUCUUCAACUACAGGAUGGUUAUAGUGUUAAUUCUUAUUUCUUGAUUGUCUUAUUCCUAGGAAACAGAGAGAAACGCAGUAACUUGCUAAUCAGAUCACCCAGAAGGGGGCAUCCUGAAAUGGAAGACUAUGAAAAGUAAUGUUACCUAAUUCUAUAGUUUAAACCAAGCAUAGAGAGGCACAAAUUUAAUUGCAACAGAGCCUCUGGGAAAGCCGUUUCUGCUGUAGCAAUAUUGGGAGUAAUUUUUAUUUAGUCUUUUUGCAAUUAUUAAUUAUCAACAAAACUGAGUUUUAAAAAAACCCUAAGAAAUGUUUGUUUUCUAUCACAAUGUUACACAGGUAAAUGCAGAUUAACAUAAAAUCACAAAAAUUCUUCUAAAAAAAAAUCAAAACCUACUUGAAUUUGUUUUUGUGGGAGUUAAUUAUUUUCCUGACAAUAUUUUAGAAAUGGCAGCCAGUUUUCCCAGAAUUUAUUCUAUACAAUUUGUCUGUCUGUUCAAUGAGCUGCCUGGUACUAUGGCACUGCUUCAGUUCUUUCAGGCUAAUGUCACUCCAAUUAAAAUCUGUUCUAUAAGAGAAAAAGUUACAUUGCUAGUUAAGCUGCCUUCAUCCUUUUGCUUUAUUUAUUCAUGCAAUCUUGUGCUUCUGGUGCACUCUCUAGCCUUUUGGAUGAUCCUACUGGUUUUUCCACUUCUCUCCCCCCCCCCCUUCCAUUCCUGAUCUGCUUUUUACUGUCUCCUAAAGCAGGGCUUCCCAAACUUGUGCUCCAGCCGUUUUUGGACUACAAUCCCCAUCAUCCUUGACCACUGGUACUGCUAGCUAGAGAUGAUGGGAGUUGUAGUCCAAAGGCCUAGGUUUGGGAAACCCUGUCCUAAAGAGUCCCAUUUGUAGGACUGGGCUGGGCUGGAAUCUUGUGCAGGAGUAUUGAUGGGUUUCUUUGCACUAUCCAUGGGAAGUGGGUGGAACUGACUCUCUAUGCUGGACUUUAGGGAGGAGGUAAGAUAAUGAUGGGAAAUUAGUAUAAUUAUACAUGCUAGAAAUGUGUGCAUUUUGCUAGUGGUUGAUGUACGAUAAACCCUAGACUUAUUUACCUGUUAUAUACCAACAAGUUACAGUAUUUCACAGCCAGGGGAGGGAUGUUGCCGGCAAAGCUAUAUCAGUGUUACUUGGUUUUUAUUCAUUUUUGUUCUUGUUUCAGAAAUUAUGCCAUCAAUUUAAAUAAUUCCUUGUUUCCCUCUUUCCUUAAGACUAUUAAUACUGCAGUCUGAAGUUGAAGAUUCUCUGGGCAGAUUUAUGAAAAUCAGACAAAACCUAACCAAUUUACAGGUCUGUUCUCCCCCGUCUUGAGCCUUGAUUCUUUCUUUCUUUUUUUCUUUCUUUCUUUCUUUCUUCUCAAUUGUUGCAAUCUUCAUUAUAGAGUAGGGGUGGGGAGCUUCUGGUCCACCGAUCAAAUUUGACUUGCAAGGCUGUUUUCCCUAGCCUACUUUUCAUAUGUGACAUCAUGUGUGGGGCAGGUAGAGAUGCAGCUGGAUCAUCUGUGCAGCUGACAACAUGGUUGUGCAGCUUAUCUCUGCAGAAAGCCCUUGCGCUGCAGUCCCUAGGCAUCCGACAACCAGCUGGCAGAUGGGCACUUGGAAAGUGUUAUGCAAGAGACUUUGACAGGUGGGUGGAAGUUAGCCCACGGGACAGAUAGCUAAUUAGCCUACUGGGCCAAAAAGUUUGCCCACAUCUAACAAUACCUAUAAUUUUAUUAGCUAUUGUUCUCUCAGGUCAGUCUCCACCCUCUACCCAGAAAAAUAGUUGGUUUUCUGAUUCCACUGUGAGGAUCAAACUAGGUGUGAUUGUGGAGUCUGAUCAUGCAUCUCCCACAGUUUUGUUUUUUAAAAAAAGCAUGUUAACACUUUCCCUUAUAUCUGUUUCCUGAUUUAAACUGCCCCUCUUCAGCUGCUAUUUGCCCCACGAGGUCACACCUAUGAGUAUCCUAAGGGCACCUGUUUUGCCCGCCGCUCUGUACCUGAAUCCUGGUGGGGUCGUGUCCUAAGGGCUGGAAAGAAAGCAGAGGUGGUAGGCUGGGAUGGAUUCUGUGGUCCAGGCUAGAAGCCAAAGUCAGGGCAACACUUCCUCUGAUUGAAAGGCAUGGCCGGAUAGAGAGUGGUUGGGGUAAACUAGGGGAGCUGACCAGGAUUCAGGCAAGCAAACAGUCUGAAAAGGCAAAGUGGCAGCCUGAUGGUGUCCUUCAGCGAUAAGGUGCUCAGAUUGUGGGGAUGCGACAAGGCUUCCAACUUCACACCUGUUGAUCGUACUGUGCAUACAGAAGCAUUCCAUUUCUAAUAUCAAAUGUUAGUAAUAUAGAAUUUUUUCCAGCCAUUUAAACUAAUGAUGCAGAAAGAGUGGGAGGUUUUAAGAGUUCUGUUUGUUAGAAGAUUCGGCAUUAAGACUUAGCUUUUUUAAAAAAAAUAAUUUUUUUUCAGGCUUUAGAGGGCACCAGAGAGCUUGAAAAUAUUAUUGGUGUUUCAGAGACCGCUGGUAACUUGAAAGGCGAAGUGAGCAAAACCAGAAAGCUAAGUAAGAAGGACUUUUCAUAAUUUCCGUUUUUGUGAAAGAAUUAAUAUGCAUCCUUUCACAUAUUUAAUCUUUGUUUUAAAUGAGCAUGCCUAGGUAUCCUAGAAAUAUUACGUAUUGCAGAAAUACAGAUUAGUUUCCAUAUUGAGUACUUCAUAUUAAGCAACAUAAUUAAGCAAACAAAUAAUUGAUAAGUGGUAACAAUACAGAUCACUCUUGGUAUAACUCAAGUGAAUUUAUAUUACAGGUCUCUAUAUCCAAGUUACUAUAAGCAGGAGUAGGGAGCCUCAGGCCCAAGUGCCAAAUGUGGCCCUCCAAGCCUCUGUCUGGCCCUCAUGACUCUCCCAACACCAUGCCCUUGCCCUUCAGCCCGUUUCACAUCCUCUUUGAGUGUUUUGCUUGGCCUAGAACUGAUAAUUAAGUGAUCAGUCUGUGAACACUUAGAAAAGGAUGCUAGGAUUACUAAGACCCAGUGUGGGCUUCUCAAAAACAAGUCAUGCUGGACCAAUUUCAUUUCUUUUUUUUUAUGGCAUUACAAGCUUGGUGGAUCAGGGGAAUGCUGUGGACGUAGCGUAUCUUGAUUUCAAUAAGGCUUUUGACAAAGUCCUGCAUAAUAACAUUGCAGAGAAGCUGCUAAAAUGUGGGCUGGAUGAGGUAAGUGUUAGGUGUAUUUGUAGCUGGUUGACUGACUAAACCAAAAGACUUCCCACUAAUGGUUCCUCAUCAAGUUGGGUGAGAAAUUAGGUGCCACAGUGAUGUGUCCUGAGCCUGUUGUUCAAUGAAGGUAUUGAGGGGUAACACUGGUUUUACUUUUGGCCUAACAAUCGGGUGUAUCUUAAUCAGAAGAAAGUCCCACUGUAUUCAAUGGGGCUUGCUCCCUAGUAAGUGUGUUUAGGAUUGCACUCUGCUGCUAGCCGUGUCCAAAAAGAUUUAGCAGAACUUUUGUCUACAGAAGUGUGUGUGAGAAAAAGGGAGGUGAUUGUUUUCUUCUGAUUUUUCCGAUGUACAAAGGUUUGCAGGGGAAAGGGAGAUCUGGGAGUGCCCUGUUCUGGGAGUAGAACUCUGCUCGAGGAAUUAUGAAUUCAAUCCAGUAUUUUCUUUAAUUGAAAAAUUUCCUGGAACGUUAGAGAAAAAACACAUUUGUACCAUUUUUCUAUAUUAGCAUCACAUGAGUAGAGUUCUCACAAUAUCUAAAUAUAUUUUGUUCCUCAGUAAAGCAAGCAGGAAAGCUGCUAAGAAGAACCAAUGCAAGACAGCCUGCCCAAGGUAACUCCCCCAUAUUAUUUGUUUUGAUGGCAAACAGUUGUCAAAGGGGUCCAUUUAGCAAAUUUCUUCUGAAAGACUUGAAAAGGCCUUUUGCAAGAGACCGUAUCAGAUUUGUGUUCUUUUCAGCAAAAUUAGGUCUCUUGCCCUCUCUUUGGUUGUAUGACAUUUAAGCUGUUGGCAAGAUAAAGACUCCCCCCCCACCCGCCGCUUUUAGAUUACAGAAGUGCCUAACUGAACAAACUAUGCAUUUUAAAAAUGCAUUUAUUUGAUAUGUUUUUAUAUACCACGUUUUUACUGAAGUCUCCCGGUGGUGUUCAUAUUAAAAAUACGCAAGAUAAAAAUGAUAAACUAUUAAAAAGCACAACAGUAUAGAGGCUAAAAUUCAGCUGCAGCAGGCGGGGGUGGGGAGUAAGAACAAAAAGUGGAAUUGCACAUCUUCAGAGUCCUGGUUAAAUAAGUGUGGUUUAAAGAGAUGCCGAAAUAGAAUAAAAGAUGGUGCCUGCCUGCCCAAGUUCAGGAGGAAAAUGAUUCCAUAUAAAAGGUACAAUUGCAGAAAAGGCAUGGCUCCAAGGGGACUUCAGUUGCACUUCUGUUGGAUGUGACACCAGAAGGAGCUGCAGCGGAGGAGAACCAGCCGUCUGCCAUAACGGGUGACAGAUACAUACCUCUCUAUUUUGAAGUGUUUGCAAAAGAUAGGAAGCCACAAUUGCUAAGUGAUUUGCUUGCCUGCACACAAGGUGAAAUGGACACCAGCAUUUAUCUCAUGUUAAGGUGUUCAUACAAUGUCCCUAAGGGGUAUUUAUUAAUUCGCCUUAGCUCAACGAAGCAGCUUUGUGGGCAGUUCACCAGCAACAUACCUAUUCUGUCUUUCUGGCCCAGAAUCAAGAACAAAUUCUCAAAUCCAGAUCCAGAUCCAGAGCAUCCUGGCCUUGUGGUGAGAAUGAUGGAACUCUUGUGGAUUAUGUCAACUCCUUCCCCCCCUCACCCAUCUGUGUGGGUGCUGCACUCAGCUCCUGGGAGGCAGAGCUAUCCAUGCAUGUUGGACAGAGUUAUCCAUGCAGUGGUUAGGAGAAUGCACUCUGCAGAUGCUCUGUUCUCUCCUUUUUCCCACAUGGUUUGGCCUCAGCUCUGGCUUUCGGGAAAGGUUGAGCCCCAUUUACUAGUCAGCCCCAUUAAAAAAAUUAAGGCUGCAGUUUUUUGCCCAGUAAUAUAUCUUUAACUUGUCAAUCUGAGUUACUGGGCAAAGGAUGGUAGUCAGAACUUUUCUUGGUAUUGGCAUAUGAGCACCCUACCAGUUUGAGAAGAACCUUUAUUUAACUAUCUGUAUAUGAACUGCCUCCAUGUUUAUUUUAUUUUUAUUUUUUUACAUUUUCUUCCUUAUCCACAUCACCUUGUCUUAGGUGUAGGCUUUUGAGUGAACUAUAAAGCCUUGAUGUAUCUCAAGGCUUUAAUAAUGAUAAUAAUAUUUCUCUAGUGUCUAUUACCGGAGGACCUGAGCGUACUUUGCAAACAUUUAUGAAUACAGCCUUGCCACAUCCCAGAGACAUAUGAUCUCUAUUUUACAAAGUCCCAUUUCGGCGAGGUGCUUAAGAACAUGCCUUGCAUUAAACAGAGGAAGCGCAUCAUUGACGUCACGGCUUGUCUGAUAUGGGGCAUAGGCAUCUCUUGGAGAACAGGCACAUUAUGGUUUUGGUAUUCUGCGAAUGAGUGGCUUAGAAUGAGCUUUCGAGCAGAUUAAAUAUACCAGCUACUUCCAUGAAAUCCUGUGGAACACCCACCCCUUUGGCAGAUUUUUUUUUUUUUAAGCUUUUAAAUUAAACUUGACUGAGUUUCCAAAAACACUUUUCUAAAUGCGCAUUGUGUUAUCAUGCAACGCACCAGCCUUGCAGAUGAGUUUACAACAUCCAUGCCAUUUUACUGUUCUGCCAUGUAUACCGGGGUCGUGUAAGUCAGUGGCUCUCCCAGGAGGAAUUGUUCUUUCCUCUGUGUGAGUGGGUACCGCUGUCCCAUUGUAGCCUUUCCCCAAAAUGUUCAGAAAUGUAGUAACAAAGCUCUGUAGUAAAAUGAGAGCUUUGGCACUGUGCCAGCUAGGGGUAUGAAUAUAGACCAUCCCACCAGCUGGUACAGAGAAGGUGCCUGUGUGUCUUUUACUACAAAGUUGUGGUUAAAUGCUGAAAAGAUGAGUGGCUUGUCUGCCCUCCCAGGUAAAGUAUGAAAUGAGACGACAGCUGACUCCUGGUCCUGUGCCUUAAACUCAAGGCAAUACUUCCUCCUAAGCUUGAAGUCAUUUAGCAUUUAUAUCGAUAUGAAGUGAAAUCUCUGUAGCUCAGCAGUGUGUUCUUGAUGCCAGACAGGCAGCCACACAUCUUGAUCAAGUAGAUUAAUUUUCCCUCGUGGUUUAUGAUUUAGUUUUUAAAAGAAGCAGAAUAAAGGACAUUUUAACGAUGAAGACUUAGCUUGCCAAGUGUCAGUUGUGUUGAGUGGUGUUUUCUCAUUCUUUAUCUUUAACAUGGAGUAAACAAAUGACUUUCUUUCCUUGGUUUCUCCCCACCUCCUUAUUAUGUACUUUUAAAAAUUGCCUUGUAUCAGUUCAUAGGAUCGUUGAAAAGAGCUGUUUCUCUCUUUAAUGUAAUAUAUAGACCUUAGUUAUCGUCUUCUUUUUUUUAACUUUGAAGUUUAGAACAUCACAGUGUCAGUUACUCCCUCUGAGUGGAACAGAGUUGAGUUUAUGCAAGACUACAACUGGUAGUUUAUGCAAGACUACAACUACAAAUUGCAUUGGGCCACAUACCAGGCCUACUUAAUAUCUGUUGGAAUGGUGCCUGUGUAUAUAAACCAGAGCUAUGAGAUUAUUGCUUUUAAAAUCCAAGGUAACAAUUGCACAUAUGGAUCUAGGUAUGUAAACGAUAGCACAGAGAAGCAGUACUUUCCCAUCUCCAUGUCUUUGUAAUACGAGGGGUAAGUCAGCAUAAACAUAUACGGGUUAAAUUCAAAUCUUUUUAGAUGAGUUGAUCCAGUGAAAGAGAGGGGAAGACCAUUUUGCUGAUUUGCCCUGCAGCCCCUAAUCUUUUUGGAGGAUCCCCUAACUAUCAGAGGGUGCAAGCAGAAAUAAUAAUCAAUUACAGUCCCCUCUCCAGGGCCGGCCCAGGACAUUUUGGCACAUGAGGCGAAGCACAAAAUGGUGCUUCUCCCCUGCCAAGGAAGAAGAGAUGAGUGAAGUGCAUGGGAACAAGGAACGAGGGUGGGAGGAGACCAGCAGCACCUCCUAUUUGCCAAGAGGCCACUGUAGAGAAGGCAUUGGGGUGGGGGUGGGGGGCUGCUGAGGAGGUGUCAGAUCCGGCGUCCAAGGAGUAUGCUCUAUGUGUUGUUGCUGCAGCCACAGCAGUGGGCAAUGCAUUUCUUGGAGGCCGGGUCGACCCCUGUGGAUCUUGCCCCUGUGGAUCUUGCCACUUGAGGCAGUCACCUCACCUUGCUGUAUGGGUGGGCCAGCCCUGCCUCUCUCCCACUUUCCCCAAGUGUCCCCAAGGAGAACUCCAUGCAGGGGAUGAGCUUGCUGAUGGGAGCAAAGUCUGGAUCCAAGCUACUGUCUGGAAACCAAUCGCUAGAAUAUCCGUGACCAAUUUUAAGCUGGGAAAUCUAAUCUUGGUCACAUACAAGAAUCCUUACAGCUGCAAGUUUAGAAAAUCGGUCAAGUUGGGCUGCAGAAAACCAGGACAGAAGAGCGAGUUUGCUUAAGGAAUUUUCAUUUGGGGGGAAUUCUUACUCGUUCUGAAGUUGGUUUCGCUUACAAAUUCUCCCACUCUCUUCUUAGCCUAAUGAAGCCCACAGAAACCAGUGCCAUAGUAUACUAAGCAUCUCUUUAGUUGCUUUCUAAGUAAAGCAACCAUAUAGCCUUAUUUGUGCUCAAGAACAACAGUGAAACAUGCUGCAUCAUAAUGUUUCUUCCAUUUGUAACACUAAUGACCCAAGCAGUGAAAAUUUAGUAUGACUCUGAAAUCAUAUGGGUCAAAAUGACGCACUUUUAGCAUGUUAACAAUAUAAUAAAUACUUCUUGAAUGGGAACUUUGAUCCCUUCUGCUGUCCUAAUGAAAAUAAAGGCUGGAGAAAGACUGUCUUCUUUAUUUAGCUUUUUUACUUUUGGAUGUGGUUUUCCAUAAUUAUUUUUAAUUAGUUACGCUCAGGACAUGAAACCUAUGACUAUUCUUUGGCUUGAUACAGAUGGAAUGUCACAUUAUCAUCACAUGGUAAGGCAUGAAAUUUAUUUACUUUACAUAAACAGCCUCUACUUAAAACAACUUAAUUCAGAACAUUCCUUUGUCAAUGGGCAGCAUUAUGUAGAUCUUAGUAUAUCAUUCUGCAUUAGCAACAUAAAAAAUGGCCCCAUUGUUUGCCCAUGACUAGCAUUUACAGUAAACAAAAUGUUUUUUGAAGAGAAUGUAAGCAAACUUGAGAGCAGCUGCCAGGAGAUGAAAUCUAGUCAUGUUGCUGCUGUCCAAAGCAUGCUUUAUGUGUGUGUAGGUUGCACUCUGCAUAUUUCAAAGGGGAACUUUUUAACAGUUUUAGCAUUUUGUGGGAGUGAAUACAAACAAAACGAACCUUUAUCCUGCUGGUUCUUAGGCAGGGUUUCAGUAAAUGCUAGAUCUAAAAGAGACUUUUUACUCAACUCUUCCCUAAUCAACCAGGAUUGAAAGAUUUGUUUACAAAUGUUUUUCUUCAAUGCAAGACAAAGCACCAAAGUUCUGCAGGCUUUAAAAAGUGCUGUUCUCUGUUACACAGCUUUGAUGUACUGCUUCCAACCUGAUUUGGUCCAGCUUGUCCAGUUUCCCAUCAUCACCCAGUGUAGAUCAGAGGUAGGCAAAUGAAGGCUAGCGGACUGUAUCUGAGUCUACAGUUGGGGGGGGGGGUUGUCCAGGCUGCUGCAACCAUGUAGUGACUUGGUUCCCAGUCCAGUUGUCCCAGAAGAUUAAAAAAGGAACAAAAGAUUUUCAACGGAAAAAAAUUGUGGGAUGAAUUGGGAAGAUAUUGCCUGACAUUUAAAACGGUGAACGGAGCUAAUAAGUGCUCUAGUCCUGUUAGUUACUACCUCAUCCCUUGCACUUUUUAGGUGCUCUUUUGUGAAGAACAGAGGGAUCUGCCUGAUACUGGCUGUGUUAUGAUGACAUGAUAAACUAUGGUUUGUUGUGAUGGGGAUGACCUUGAGCAAGCCUCAGGCUUUGUGUCCACUCCUCUUCCAGAGAGCUGUCUUUAACAGCUGUGUGGCAGGUCAAAAUUCAACAGGUGAAGCCUUUUCUGGUAUGGAAAAAAGCUCUACCUGUUCACAUUCAGUCUGUCAAACAUUUUAUUACUUGUGUGACCCUAAUUUGUUUUGGGGUUGUCCAACCAAACUGCAAAAUAGGAUACAAAGCUUAAACCAGUUUGUGUCCUCUUUUGCAAGAGGGGGCAUAAGGCCUAAUCCACAUAGAGUGCAUUGGACCCAUUAUACUGCUGGCACCCUGGACUUACUCGCAGACAAGUGUGUGUAAGAUUGCAGUCUUGGUUGCCUCGAAGGCUGUGCCACUCUUGAGAUUAUUUUGUAAGAGACAAAGUUUUGGCUGUAUUGAUUUUUGUGGGGUGUUUUUGUGUUUUUGCUUCAGGUGAGACUUUAAUCUGUCUAGUAGAGAGAUACUACUUAUUGUGAAGAAAAAUGGUCAGAACUCAGUUAUUCAUUUGACCUACAAAUACUGCACAAUUAGAUCUUUUUCUCAUCUCAACAAAAAAAUGCUUUGUUUCCCCAAAGACACUUAUGUUAAUAUGUGGCUGUAAUUAGGGUGUGAAUUUUAAAAUACAGCUUUUGGCAUGUUUAGCAUCACAGGCCGGAGCUACAAGUGUGAUAGAUACUUGGGAGGCAAACUACAAACUUCUCCAAUUAUUUACUAUCCUAUGCUAUGUAGAUGAAAUAUUAAGCUAUUAACUUUGGUGGCAGACAUAGAAAUGCAUAUGAGACAUAUGACUAUAAAGCUUCAGAUAUAUAUACACAGCCAACCAUACAGAUGUGCACAAACAUUCACUGACCUGUCAAACUGCAUUCCUUAUAUGAAGGUCUACCAUUCAGCCAUUGUACAUGAACUUUGAUGCAUUACUUUUACAAUGUGUUUUUCUUGCAGAUCUCUUCCUACAAUGCUUUUUACAAAAAAACCAAACCCUGACAUUAGAUAUCAGGUGAAAUGAAAACUAUUAAUUAUAUAAGUGUUAUGUAUAGUAAUUCGUACAUUACUAUAAAUACUCCUAAAUAUGUCUUCUUUGAGACGUACAAUAGUUAUUUUAAAUAAUAAAAAAGGAAAGGUGCAUUGGUUUGGAGUCACUUAAUAGCAAUUACAUUUUAAGAGGUGUAAAUAACUUGCUAUCCAGACAUUACAAAUAUCCAGGUGCUCUGUAUGUGCUGAUGACAACAAAAUUGAAAAGAAAGACUGCAAUAAUUCUGACUGGUUUUCUCUGCAGAAGAUAUUGAUUAUUUGUGUGUGGUGAGAGAUUUGGAAAAUUCAAUUAAAGGAGUUGUGCAAAGGUUUCAUAAAUUUUCCUUAUACAGCGUGUACACAGACACUGUUGCGUAUUAAAUCAAUGCAGCACUUCACAAUAUAUUUUCUUUGAAACAUAAAAAUAAAUAACAUUUAAACAGUUCUGCUUACUACAGAAACAAGUUUUAUUUUCUGUGAAGCAUUUAGUCAUGUGCUAUCACUGACUCAUACACAUUUGCCAGCUGUAACAAAUUUUAUAGACAUUUUCUCCAGAGACAUAGCUCAUGUACUAUGAAUUUUUAAAUGAGCAAAUGGUGAAGAGGGGAUGUCAGCAAUAUAAAAAUUGAUCAGUUAAAAGAUAAAAGCAUAAGUAAAGAGAUUUGUAUGGUAGUCUUAAUAGGUUUUAUUAAAUAAAAAUACUAUAAAAGGACAGUAAUGAAUAGACUGAAGGUUUUAACUGUAGUUGAGGUGGAGAAAAAUUAUUCUGGCACAUUUAAGAGAAGAUUGGUUUUAUAUCACCAGACAGGUGGCCAUUUUUUCCUCUCUCCCUCUCCACUUUAGAGCUGUUCAUGGUUUAAAGCAUUUAAACUUGCACACACAUGCAUAAAAGAGAGUAAACUUUCAACUAGAUCAUGACCUUUCACUGUGCUGGUGGAUGGGUAGAGGAACAGAAGAUUCUCCCCCACUUUGUACAAGCAGAUUAGGGUGGUUCUCUAGAAAGACUUGCGUAACGCCCCUUGACCUGGGCAGGUCUCUUGAAGUUGAAUGGCAAAGUUGAUUAAGGUCUCGACACAGCGUCACAGUUGAUUCUGAUUCAGCUCAGAGCCCCUGUGGUGCAGUGACCAGAAUCUGUAAGAAGGGCUGUAGCUCAGUGGUAAGAGGGCAUCCAUAGCAUGGCCAGGGUCCCAGGCUGAAUCCCUGGCAUCUGCAGCUGGAGCCGGGAAAGAGUCCUGGCUGCUGGACAGUAUUUACAACACUUACUUAGAUGGACCAACGGUCUGACUUGGUAUAAGGAGCUUCCUAUGUAACCCCAAAUCCCCACUGACCAUUGAACACUCUGUAAGACUCUGGGAAAGCCAGUAGCUUGACUAACUUGUUGCAUUGUUGGAGAAAGGGCAAAAUGGAAUGGUAAGAAGCCCACUGUGGGGCCUGAUAUUGUUACAAUAAACACAGGACAAGACAUAGACAAGACUGGACCUUUGGUGGUGAGUCUCAGAUCUCCUGCUUGUUCCUACACACACACACACACACACCAGUAUUACCAUCUUCAUUCUCCAGGGAUGUUGUUGCUUAGUUGUGUCUUCGUGACCCCAUGGACCGGAGCACGCCAGGCACUCCUGUCUUCCACUGCCUCCCACAGUUUGGUCAAACUCAUGUUAGUAGCUUCGAGAACACAGUCAAACUAUCUCAUCCUCUGUCGUCCCCUUCUCCUUGUGCCCUCAAUCUUUCCCAACAUCAGGGUCUUUUCCAGGGACUCCUCUCUUCUCAUGAGGUGGCCAAAGUAUUGGAGUCUCAGCUUCAGGAUCUGUCCUUCCCGUGAGCACUCAGGGCUGAUUUCCUUAAGAGUGGAUAGGUUUGAUCUUCUUGCAGUCCAUGGGACUCUCAAGAGUCUCCUCCAGCACCAUAAUUCAAAAGCAUCAAUUCUUCAGCCUUCUUUUUUUUUUUUUAAUAUUUAUUGAGAAUUUUAAGAUUACAAAGAAACAAAGAAAAAAAAGAAGGAAAAAACAAGUAACAUUUAAACAAUACGAAUCAAUAAAAAAAAACCAAGGUCAAAUACAUCAAAAUCAAAAAGCAAAAAUAGACAAAAAAUUUAAAAACAAAUCCAAUAUUCCCAAAUCAUUAACUGUCAUUACCUUGUUUCAUCGACCUCCUCACACCUCCCUUUUUUGUAUUCUAGUUGUUAAUUAUCUCAGCAAAUCCUUUCCAUCUUUCAUAAUAUUCUGUCAUUAAAUUAGCUUAAUCUAUUUUAACCUUAUCUUACCAUAAAAGGCCCAAAAACUUAAAACUUAAAUCUUAUUUAUACCAAAUUCUCUUAACCAUGACAUAUUCUUACAUAAUUCUUUUUAACAUUUCUGCUAAAGCCAAAUAAUUUCAUUCCAACAUUUUUCUAAUACUCUUUACUUUUACAAGAUUUUCCUAAAUAAUUUGUUUAAAACUUUCUUCCAAUCUUCAUCCAACGUCUCUUUCUCCUGGUCUCGGGUUUUGUCAGUCCUUUCUAUCCCAUCCAUCUAGUCCAUCAACCUGGUAACCUUAUAUCCGAGGCCCUUGGAUCUCUUCCAUGUCCCAUCCGCAGAUCUUCUUCAUAUUUAUACCUGUGCUUUACUUUAUCUUCUGCUCCUUUCACUCGGGGAGACUCCAGCUUGACAAUGUUUUUGUCCCUUCUCGACAGAUCAGCCCCUUUUCCAAAGUCAACACUGAACUCCAUGUGGUAUUUAAAAGCAUGUUUCUCCAAAGUUCCUCCAAAGUUAAGGGCCGCACAACUCCGAAUGCCUCCAGGCCCAAAGCCAGACUUGAAAGGUCAAAACAUCCCUGCAUAGGGGGGGUCUAUCCAGCUCCCCAUCUCCAAGCCAAACAGAACUCUGUCUCUCCAAAUCUGGCUUCCUCCAGGUUCAUUCGUCAAGUCCAACAACUCAUGUUCCUGCUGGGCCACAGUUCCCUCCAUCUCUACCUCACUAGGUCCAGCAACAACCUCCUCCCUCAUCUGAUCUGUCAAAGCACACUCCUGAGUUAAUUCCUGAGUGGGUUCUAAAUAAGUACCCACUGCCUGUCCAAACUUUCCGAUCCCAACAGUCAUCAAAUCCAUCUUCUCAUGUAACUGUUCCAAUAAAGCACUUGUCUUACAAAAGGCCAACACCAGAGCCUCCGAGUACAUUCUUGUUGAAGGUCAGAGUCUAUUCCCACGAUCUUAAUCUAUUGCAGCUGCAAAGCUCCCCAGUUCGAAUUUAAUAACAGUUUCACAAGCUCCCUCUAGGGGGAAAAACUUCUAUUUGUAUCCAUCUCUCUCUCUCUCUCUUUUUUUAAAGCAAAUCUAACAACAGAGUUUCCCUUUUCAGAUAUUUUGUCAAUAUUUUGUUCCUUUUAGAUGCGAAGGGGAACAAUGGAAUCAAGAUGUUUCUCUUCUUUUAACUAUCUGUCAAAAACGUUUGUCUAUAGUCAAUGAACUUCCCGAAGACGUCUGUCCUGACACCCCGCUCCCAGGUUCAGGACGGUGGAGAAUUGCUUUUCUUUACUUGUCUUCUGCAAGUUUAAUCAGUCCAGAAAAAGUUUUCCCCUCUUCUCCUGCUUCCAAGGGGGGUUCAGUAAUUUUAAAUGAUGAAAAUUGAUCCUUUACAAACGAUUUUCUAAGCUCUAGCUUGCCGUGUCUUUGCUUCAAUCUAUUUACAAAAAGCGGAAGGCAGACUUCCUGUUUAUACCUUUCCGCUUCAGUGCCAAAUUAAAGGAAAUUUCUUAUUCCAAUUUUCCGUUCUACUCAUGGACAGUUAUUUAAGCUCCAAUUGUCCACAGGAAAAGUCAGCGCUCUCCGGCAACAGCAAUGCGGCUUCACUCCGUGAAAGAAGCAGUCGAUUCAAGGCACCGCGCCACUCACCCCACGUCGCUCCGGAACCCCGAAAUCGGGUUUCCCCGCGAGUAGGGGGGGCGCAAAGGUACCGGCCGAAUCCCACGUCCACAGGCUUCUCCCGCCUGUGGUUUUUGAUGGGUCUCCACCUCGCCGUGGCGGUUCAGACCCUGUUUUCCACGGAGCGGAUUCCUCCCGAUCGGAGGAAAUUCUUCAGCCUUCUUUAUGGUGCAGCUCUCACUUCCAUAUAUCACUACUGGGAAAACCAUAGCUUUAACUAUACGGGCCUUUGUUGGCAAGGUGAUGUCUCUGCUUUUUAAGAUGCUGUCUAGGUUUGUCAUUGCUUUUCUCCCAAGAAGCAAUCUCCAGGGAUACCUAUACAUAUAAAUUAGCUUGUGUCAUGGGCCUCAGCCACAGGGCCGUUAAAGUAGCAAGCAUCAAGUCCCCCCAACCUUAUGUCCUUCAAAUGCCUUGGACCUUGUAAGCUCUCAUGAUCUCUGAUUGUGGCCUGUACUAGCUGGGGAUUAUAGGGGUUGUCAUCCAGAACAUCUGUUGAGCACCACGUUGGGGUAAGGCUGACCUAGCAACAUGCCUGACAAAAGUAGCUUCCUGAUGGUCAGCACAAGAAUGUGUUGGUGGUAGGCUUGGAGUUCUUUCUUACCUCAGUUUUUAACUUGCCAAAUCCUAAGAGCUUGAAGUUCUAACAACCCAAUGAAACCUUUUGGGUAAGCCUCUGUUUUUGCCACUAUUGUUAAAAUAGAAUCUUCAACAUUUGCAUUAACUUGUGUUUAAAAGCAAUUUGUGUUCCACAAGAUGAAUGCAUCUCAAUGAAAACAGUGGGCCCAACUACAUUUUAGAUUGUGUCCAAUGACUAUGUUAGAUUUUUCAUUUUCUAUACUGCAAGUAUAAACUGCAAUAUAUAAUUGUAUUGGUUUUCUUGUUAUGUAAAAAAAAUGUUCUUUGUUUUACAGACUAUCUCCAACCUGCCAACAGCUUUGAGUACCUUAAGUCCCUCAUCAACUGAGGUGAGGAGAUCGUCAUGUUUAAAAGACAGGAUUGAAAUCUGUAAUUGAAAGUACAGUUAAAAUUUAUGUGUUUAUUGGAAGCUUUUUGAGGAAUGGUAGAUUUGUGGGACUUAAUUUCUAGCACCCCUUGAUUAAUGGGGGGGGAAACUAUUUUCACUGGUGUUCACUUAAUUUGAAUGUAAAUUACUCUGAGAGUUAAUUAUUAAUAUUUUCUCUGCAAACUGAUGAUUCUUUAAUUCCCAAAAUGUGUAUUAAUCAAUAUGCUGGGCUAGUUCAGACAUAAUGUCUUUCAAAAGGCAUUACUUAGCACACAUGUGUAAGUUUAUAUGUCAGAAUGUUUUCCAAAACAGUUUUUUGUUUGUGUUUUCAUUCAUCCAAAGAAAUAUUUGCUGGGAUGAUACCACAUGAAAUGCGUUCUAUUUUUGGCACGGCAUCAAAGCAAACUUAGCAAGUAUUUGAACCAUUUUUGUUUCUUGCUAGCUCAGGAAAUUCUAGUUUACUUGAGAGCUCAUGAGAUGUAAUUUUACAAUUGCUCAAAAUAGGAUGACUUCCAACUUUGACGAGGUUCCCUUGAGCAAAGGCAAAAUUUACUCUGAAGCUCUACUAAAAUCAUGCUGUUUUAAUUGCCAUUUUUCUCCAGGAAUAUAUGUGCUGAAUCACGAGAUGAGACAAGUUUCUCACUUUCGAGUACUGGCAUUUCCAAAGCCCAACUCAUCUUAAAACAUGCAGUUAUGUGCAGUGGGACAUGAACACCAUGCCCUCUCCAAGGGCCACCCCACAUUCAUAAGCUGGAUGUGACAAAAUGGUGUUUAAUGCACCAUUUAAAUUGAGUAGGUCUGAUUUGUGUGAUCUACUCUUUCCCCAACUAUUUGAGCAGGAAAAACUAUUGCAUCAGCUGGGUCUGCAUAUACUGAACUUUCCUCCUGUAGACCUUUUCAUUCCAGCAGUGUAUGCAACAUGUGGCCCAGAGGAUGGCUUGUGGGGGGCAGCAAGAUCCUGUUCCUCGACUUAAAGUAGACAAGGAAUGUUUGGUUAGGACACAAGUCCCCAGACAAACAAAAUUAAAUUAUCUUGCUGCACAGAGCUAUUCCAUAGCAUAAUUUUUAGAAGAAUGCCAUCCUUUCUGAAACAUAAUGAAGAUAUUCCAGGUCUUGCCUUGCAGGCAAACAUUAAGUUCAUUGAGCCUGUCCAAUAUGUCAGCCAAGAACCCUAAUCAAAGCUAGAAAAUGUUUGUCAAGGAAAUGACAAGCCAAUCAAAAUGUAUGGCUCUUGUUUCUGAGUUUACAGACUCAUACAGAUUGUCACUUUUUAUAAAAUCUGCAGUUUUUCACACAUGUGGUAAGAACUACAUUAGCUGCAUUUAAAUUUGUUUUUUGUAGCUAGUACCUGGUCCUUUACCCAUUCCACAUGGCCAGUGUUGUGUCUGAUAGGAUGCCAUCUCUUCCAAACACCUUCAUUAUAUUAUUAGCUGAAUGAGAAGUUUUGAAAAAAGAAUUGUUAGCAGUUCUUAAUGUCAGUCAGUGAUAAAAUAAGGACUCCUGCUCAAUCUCAGGUAACCCAAUCUCAGUGUAGCAAACAUAAGCCAUCCCUUGUGCAUUCCUGGUGCUGUUUGCAUUGUUAUACACACACAGUGCAAAAAAGGGACUUGAGUUCUGAGCAUCAACUGCCAUAUUGGCAGUACUGCAGCAAAUUCUGGUAUUGGACAGUAAAUACUUAGCUGUAUGGUAUACUAUAGAUGCUGCUAUUUUUAUUGCUGCAAAGCACCACAAUUUUUUUGCUGAGGGAACAGACAUGGCUGCUUUGUUCUUGCCACAGUACAAAAGACACCAUCAUGCCUCAAAUAAUAUAGAAGAUGGAAAUAAACUCCACUGAAGUUAGUGAGGCUUACUUCUGAAUAUGCGUGCAAUGAAUUGUGCUGUUACAGAACUCCCUUUAAAAAAAGAAGAAGUUGAUUGCAGGAUAUCUUUUACCAAAUGGCAUUUUAAUUAAUGAUUGCUCAAUUAUUUUAAUCAAUGGUUUCAUACUAUCAUGGUAGGAUGGCAAUUUUGCCUGUAGACAAAGAUGUGGCUGUUCUUUUGAAAUCAGAAUAUAAAUCCUCACCUCUCGCCAGACAGGCAGCUCUUUUGUUGCCCUUCCAGCUUUCUCCCACUCAGAUUCCUGUUUCUGGCCUUCUCCUCUACCCCCUUAUUCCUGUUUCUCAUCUUCUCUAAGUUCUAACCCUCAUUUCCUAAACUGCUGCUAACCUUGGCCCACUAACCAUUUAGAUCAGGGUUUCCCAAACUUGGGUCUCCAGCUGUUUUUGGACUACAACUCCCAUCAUCCCUAGCUAGCAGGACCAGUAGUCAGGGAUAAUGGGAAUUUUAGUCAAAAAACAGCUGGAGACCCAAGUUCUGGAAGCCCUGAUCUAGAGUCCUCUCUCCAAAGCCAUCUCCUACACGCACCAGUCUUCUUGGUUCAUAAUUUCAAAAGUACAGUGAGCCUUGAGAGAGUAGAGUGUCUUUCUGCAAGAUACAGCGAGCAGAAGAACCCAGCUGUUGAAAGAUCUAUCAGUUUAGAAUCACAUCCCUCUGAUUGGACCUAUGACAUAUACCUCCAGGUGAAUGGAGGUGACUUGCAGAAAGAUCCAGGAGUUGCCACUCCUGCAACACUGCUUAGGUGACCGUGCAGGUUUGCAGUAGCAGCCAUGCUCCUCCAAGGGAAACGUUGGCGCUAUGGCAGGCGGCAAGAAUGUGAAAAGCAGUGCAUUAAUAUGGCUUCUUGCUCCAUGGCGUAAAAUGCACCAAGGAGGCUCCAAACAUAGCGAGCACAGCAAUAGACUCUCUAGCAUCUGUCACAAGCAUCUAAAAGUAACGUGCUUAUGUGUAGCAUUUCCCCUCCCCACCUGCCUCCUGAGGUGCUACAUGCACAUUGAGGGCAUGCACAGUCUCCUUUUGAUGCUUGCUAAUGGACACCACCCUGUAGGAUGCUCAUGCCAGGAAAGCAAGCUGAAGUCUUAAGACUUGGUCGAUGGAAGCCAAAAUUGUAGCCAACACAGCUGGCAUAAUGAGUUGAUGAACUGCCAGUUGAACAAAAGGCAAAGCUCUUGCAUGUCUCUUAAUUAGAAAAAUCACCUCCCGUUAUUCCAGAGCAGCUAGGAAAGAAACAGGAGUUUACUGAAAGGUAGUCACAAAACAGAGAACAUAUUCAAACCCAAGGAUGCUAUGUAAUAUGUCUAAGUUUAUACUUCUUUAUUCUAAUCCUUUAUAACCCUACUUUUAGGAAACAAAUCCUUUGUAGGUUGAAGCUUUCUAAACUGGCUCUUGGUAAUAGCAACCGGAUCAAUGUAUUUGGGGUUUUUCAUUAUAUAUGUCCCUUGAAAUAUUAAGCUGACACAUGAAGUUGCCCCAUGUUAAAUUGUGAACUAAAAUAAUACUGGGAAGCAUUUGUAUUUUAACAUCCAGGAUGCUUUCAAGGAAGUGGGGUAUUUUGUUUUCUAGGUGUUCUGUAUAUACACAGGAAAGCUAGAGCUAAACCACAAAUAGUGUGUUCAAAGGGCAACAUGGAUGCCAAAAUUGUCGUUUAUUUUAAUCAUUUUUUAACCUACACAGGCCAUAUCUGAAGAAUAUAUUCUGCUUGGCUGCAAGAUUCUACAACUGCCUGAUCCUACUUAAAAGGUUGAAAAGAAACGCCUGUAAAUCUAUCUCCCCAGCAAAUACCAGCUAAGGAUUGCUCAGUGCACUAGGCAGGUGCACAUCUAGAUACAGUUUCUUGCGUCUAAUUUAAACUUUACAAUCUGCACAACCAGAUAAUCUCAAUGUAAAUAAUACACUUCUCCAUAGCUCUUUUAUGCAAAUGGGUAAUGGCACAAGCUGGAUUUCUGCACCAGGCCCCUACGCUUGCCCUACCUUGGUAAAAUGCCUCUGUGAGCUUUCCCCUCAUGUUUUGGGAAGAAGAGCUGUGCUUAAGGAUGGACACUAUUUCCCAGGCCUUCAAACAAACUGUAAAUUUCACAGUAAUGAUAUGCUCCAUGCUUUCUCUGAAGGAGUGCCAGUUUGACCACAAACAAUGAAAACUGCUUGCCAACAUGCAGGGCAUUGUUUAUGCAACUUAUCAGCACACCCAAAAGCAAGCAAUUUUCCAUCUAUCUUUGGCUCACUACCAUCGUUUUGCUAGCAAAACCUUAUGUGCCUCACAUGCAACAUUUGCAAUGCCUUUUUAGUUACUUUGGUUUACAAAAGCACCACAUAACUUUAGUUUUGCACUGCUAGCAAAGCUAUCAGUAUGUUCUUCUGCUUUGUGGUGCCUGAACUUAUGCUGCAAAAUCAUUAAAAAGCAACACCAUAGAGAUUAAUGUUUCUUUGCAAUAGUACCUGCAAGGACAGGAAUCAGUAAAACCUAUCCUAGCAUGUACUGAGAUCCACAAAUGAUAUCACGUUUCAGUCAAAAUAAAUGGUAACUAUGCUGGAAUGUUUAGAGGGCCAAGUACAUCUUUAAUAACUUUUUAACAUAAAAACUAUUUUUAAUGGAAAUUUAGGUGGUGGUGAAGCUGAGGCAUGUACCUUCUCAGAUGACUGACACUGAAAUGCCAGCUUCACCAUUUUGAGUGUAAGCAAAGAGUGGAGCCUUAAGAAUGUGCUUGCUCAUCUCUUCUGUAUAUAUACCCUUUAUGAUGGUUUGAAGACACUACAUAGGGAGGUUUUCCUUCUUGCUUUGCACUGGGUCCCCUUCUGAUCCCCCAAAAGCCGCUCUUGAAAGUUAGAAGGCUCUAUACAACAGGUUUGGGAGCUGCAGAAGGGGUGGGAGACAAACAGGUAGAAAUUGUGGAGCCCUUGCUCCCAGUGUGGAAUGUAAGUGCCUUCUGCCCAUGCAAGCAGCUUUUUGCAACCAAGCAGACAGUAAUAAGUUGUUCGGCAUGUACCAAUUUCAAAACUGAAGUUGUCAACUAUAAUUGGGUCACAAUUCUUUUUAUAGAAUAAAACUUUUGAAGGAUAAUUUGGUGUUGACAAAUUGUUUUAAAAAAGUGAUUUGCUUAGACAUUUCAGUGUAAAGAGUACAGGUUUCAGUUCAAGGUAUUUCACUGCUAUCAGUGCUAGUUACUUCAAAUAUAUGCAUAUGCUUUUAAGUAGGAAAAGGUUGAGGGACUUUUUCUUCUCAAGAUGCAAUUGCUAGUCAGUUUCACUUACACAGUUUGAGGGACUUUAUUGGGGCAACAUCAUUGCUGCCUCUUCAUUUGUUUGCGGCAUCAUAACUCGGUCCCAAGCAUGUUUACUUACAAGUAAGUUCUACUGAUUUCCUUGGGACUUGCUCCCUUGUAGGCUUCUUCAGAAUUGCAGCCCAAGGCUAUUAAAGUACUGCUUCUCAGCCACUUGUACUAAGCUUUUUCUCUUUUCAGAAACAGCUGGGUCUGUUAAGAACCAUUUCCUAGUUCUACAUAAGGUAGAUCAGAUAACUCACACUUUAUCACCCUUGAAGGCCAUCUGAAGGACAAAGAAAAGAGAUACACAUAAAACUAAUGUUUUUCUAUGCUGGGGAAUACUUGCUCCGGGCUUCUGAUGACUACAAGCAGAAGAAAUGGCUAAUGGAAAUGUGAGAUCAGUGCUCUGUCAGCAAGAGCGACUGUUUCACACUCUCCUUCCGUGAGUGAUUUUUGCAGUGCUUCAACAUCUUAGAAAUAUUUUACCAAACUCUAUUUGGGAUGCGGGUAGUGCUGUGGUCUAAACCACUGAGCCUAGGGCUUGCCAAUCAGAAGGUCGGUGGUUUGAAUCCCCGUGACGGGGUGAGCUCCCGUUGCUCGGCCCCUGCUCCUGCCAACCUAGCAGUUCGAAAGCACGUCAAAGUGCAAGUAGAUAAAUAGGUACCGCUCCGGCGGGAAGGUAAACGGCGUUUCCGUGCGCUGCUCUGGUUUCGCCAGAAGCUGCUUAGUCAUGUUGGCCACAUGACCCGGAAAAACUGUCUGCGGGCAAAUGUCAGCUCCCUCGGCCAGUAAAGCGAGAUGAACACCGCAACGCCAGAGUUGUUCACGACUGGACUUAACUGUCAGGGGUCCUUUACCUUUUUAACAAAUUAAUGAAGUAAAUGAAAACCCACACAAUCCUCAUUUUGGAGCAGUUCAGUUGCUGAUAGCACUCUGAUAGCACUCUAGAGACUGAAUAUGCCCGCUUUUUCCCAUCUGCGGCUCUAGACCCGAGGGAGGUGAGGCUGGCACUAGGCCCACGUUGCUCCAUACUUUGAAUUGGCUCUCCAGUGGUUGCGGUACCUAUGCCUCUUGGGACGAAUAACUGCUAUGAGAAAGGAGUAAAGUUAAGCUUGGUAGUAUUUAAUAAGGGAAAUGUGGAAGUGAUCCAUAGAUAAGAUAGCCCUUUCAUAUGUGGAGGCUAGGAGGCUUAGUUUGGUCAGAACUGAGUAUACACAUGCAGAGUUAAUGUUACAUGCAUUACUUCUGGUAAAUCAGUAUCAGGGCCGUAAAAAUUGUGUCCUGGGCUUUUUAGACUCAUGUAUUAUCUGAAACCAAAGGAGUACAUUGGUUGCCAGAUUGGGGGGGGGGGGGAAUCAGCUCUCCUACCACACUAAUAGCUUUAAGAAUGGGGUAGAAACAGACUAUUGUUAAUGUCAUCAUUCAAUAAAACAUUGGGUUGGAACCAGACAACAGUUUGGAAAAUUGAGAUUUCCUACCUGGUCCAUGAAACAUCACCCAGCAAUUCCCCUUACAUAGCCCUGAGAAUCCUAGAGGAUAGCAUGGGAACUGUUGCGAUGAAGUGGGGAGGUUCUGCCAACUAUCCUGACACACCAGUUCCCGCUGGUGCAAGGCAUCUCUGAAUCCAACUCCCUGCUUAGGAUUUAACUUUCAUUACUAUGUGUGACAAGGCUGCACAUUCAGCACAUGCUAUCCUCUUCAGUUCACAAUAAAUAUAUCCAAAUUGCAUAGGAACGCUGGGCCUCCACUCCAGGGGAAAUUGCACACACCAGUGGGUUUCUUUGCACACAUAUCUGAGCAACAAGCCAUCCAACAGAUGGUCAACCGUGAAGGAAGUUUGGCUGGAUUUGGGGCACACCCAAAAGAGAGGCAAUUGCACCAUCCAGGCUGACAGAGCCAACCAUCUGUUUGGUAUAAUCUUUGAUCCAAUAUUGGGAACCUGGAGUGCUUGAUAUAGACUGACAGGAACUAAACAAACAUUUUAUGCAUGCAGUUUCUUUCAGCACACUGGACCUUUGAUGGAUUGAUAUACAAAACUUUAAAGGAUACAGUUUGAAAGUGUAUACGGGUUUGUAUACUUGAGACUUAGAGGGCUCACUUGGUGUAGGAAAAAUACAAGUUUCAUCGGUGUGAGAUAUCAUUCCCUUUAAUACAAUAAAUUAUGUGUUACUGCUCUGUGGCAACUUUACUUUUAAUAAUCUUCACAUUCCAGCACAAUGUUUUAAUUUCAAGUCACCAUGAUUGAACCUCUGCUCUCAGCUUCUGUUCAUUUUCAUAGAGCAUAGCAGGGCCAUUAGAAAAAUAGAGGGGGAAGGACAUCAUUAGCAUUUGUUUGCAUAAUAGAUUGUAACUGUGCAUGCAGAAUUUUGGCUUCCUGGCACAAGAUACUAGGCAGCUUGAGCUUUGUAAAGAGCUACAUUCAGAUUAUGUUGCAUUUUGUAUGGCAGCAAACCAAACCAUGUACUUGCAAACUGAAAAUCUGUAUCAGAAAGAUGUAGUACCACUUUAUCCCAUUUUGAGGGCUUUGUCUUAUCGCUGUACAUGUUUUCAGAACAGCAGAAAGGAAUAAAUUUGGGUGGAGCUGACAUGCAAUAGAAGCAUGUGAUGAUAAGUCUAUAGUGUCUUGUUGAAUAAGGUGCUAAAAUAUGGCAACAAAUCAAAUUAAAUCAGAGGCUAGUUGAAUUUUGUAUUUAAAAUGAAUACUCAAAGUCAAUGUGUAUUGAAUGUAAGACUUUGGCUAGGAACAAUGAACUAAUUGUUCAUGUCCAUGAUAAAUAUGUGUCAAAUACAGCAGAAAUGUCAAGUCUUCGUAAGUGGCUGCUAGAAAUUGGUCUAAUUCUUUAUACGCCAUGUAUACUUUUGUCAGUGCAGGCAGAUGGCAAUGGAAACAACCAUCAAGCACCAAAGAAUUCCAAAUGGAUUUGAAUUUGUGCAAUAACUUCAUUUUUAAAAACCCAACAAUAUUUGAAUUGCAGGCUAUUAAAUAUCAAGACUAUUACAAAGAGAGUGCUACAGAAAAAGGACUUCGCACAAUUUGAGUUCUUAGAAUUAGAAUCCAUAUAGACUAAAAAUGCUAUUUUGGUUAUAAAAUUUGCAUAUCGCUGGGAGGUUUACAUGUUGAUGUACAUUAAAAAUAAUGUUGGCCACA